UAUUACAUAUUGCCAUUUUUCACUAAUAACAGUUAAAAUAGAAGAACAAAAGUAUCACUAUUGUUAAUAAUACAAUUUUUCUUCUUGUCUUAAAUUCCUUUGAUGAUUUUUAAUGUGUAUGUUGAAUCAAUAGAUGUGAAAUCGUACUUCAGAAAAGACGAAAAGUAGAAAGCAAUUCAGAGAGGGAAAGUAAUUUUGAUAAUAAUUAGUGAAUAGUCCGAAUCUGAAUAUUCAGUACUUGAUAUUGAAGUCGAAGAGGAAAAAAAUUUUAUUUUGAGAAAUGGAUAAUCUUAAUACAAUAUGCUAGUUUAUAAUUCGACGUAAAAAGUAUCCAAAAGUUGUGCACAGACGAAUUUUCUCAAAGUAAUUCACUACUCGUAUUCAAAGUGAUAGGUGAACAUCAGUGAACUAAAGAAAUAAAUACAAAAAAUCUAAUGGAUUGGGUGUCCCAUAACCAUUCCCGAUCCCUUUCUAGUCGUCUGGAUCUAGCAAGAGCAACACAAGCUACUGAAUUUGUUCCAAGAGUUAUCAGUUCCAGUACAUCUGCUUCCCCUAAUUUCUUUGGUUAUUCAAGUUCAAACUCUUCACUUCAUUCAAUAUCGAAGAAAUUAGAUGAUGGCAGUUUAUCAACGUCCCAUAUUUCUUCGGAAUCUUCUUCGCCCCCCUUAGCAAACUUGCCGAACAAUUCAUCUAUUGUAACUAGUUCGCCUGUGCAGUCAGAGAAAGUGGGAUCUAGUCCGGGACCUUCUUUACCAGCCUACCAAGAAAAUGUGGGUGGUACUACCUACUUCUAUCAGAUACAGACCACUCCAGAGAACUGCCAACCAAGUGAAACUGCAGUAACUGUAGGUGGCUCCUUACCAACUGAAUACAACGUCUACACGGGUAAAAAAGAUCCGUCUUUUUUCUUGUCCGAAGAUCUCCGCAGCGAUAUUCUAAAUAGAAAUGUUUUAACUUUGUUACAACCCGACCCACAGCAAUAUCCAGAUCUUCCGCAAGAGGUAGAUAGCUACCACGAGCUGUUUCCUCUUGAACCCAUAUCAAAUACUUUGCAUAAGGCCCAUUUGGGCUAUCAGGCGACCAUGUACAAAGCGACCCACAUCAAAACUGGCAUGCACUACUGUUUAAGAAGAAUCCAUGGAUUUAGGUUAUCUAACACUAAAUGUAUGGCAUAUGUCGAGCUGUGGAGAAAACUCACCCAUUCCAAUAUAGUUCAAUUGAAGGAAGUGUUUACUACGAAAGCUUUCGGUGAUAACUCCAUGAUAUUCGUGUAUGACUAUCAUCCCGGUUCAGAAACACUACUGAACAAACAUUUUUCACCGGACCAACCAGGUUAUUGUGAUCCGUUCUUAAAUGAUAGCUCCACACCGAGACCAUAUAGCUACCAGAAAAAUAACCUGCUACGGCACACUCAAAAUAAUAAACUUCCUGAACCGUUGAUUUGGAACUACAUCAUCCAGCUUACAUCAGCUUUAAGAAUUAUUCACUCUUCAGCACUUGCGUGCAGAAGUUUAGAUCCAACGAAGAUUAUUAUUAAUUCCCGAAAUAGGUUAAGAUUAAGUUGUUUAGGAGUAAUGGAUGUAGUGCUUCAAGAAACAAAUUCAACCAUCAACCACAUAGCGCUAGUACAACAUUAUCAGCAAGAAGACUUAACUGCUUUAGGAAAAUUGGUUCUAGCUCUGGCUUGCAAAUCGACCAUGGCUGUGCAAAGAGAAAACAUAUCUACAGCUUUAGAUAUUGUCAGUCGUUCCUACACCACUGAUCUCCGGAAUCUGAUUAUGUAUUUAUUAGGUACACAACAAAGAAGAAGCGUUACUGAUCUUAUGCCCAUGAUUGGUGCUAGGUUUUACAAUCAAUUGGAUACAUUACACAACCACAUCGAGACGCUCGAUCACGAACUGUCGAAAGAAGUACAAAACGGCCGCCUUUUUAGAAUUAUGACCAAAUUGGCUACCAUUAACGAACGACCAGAUUUCAAUUUGGAGAGUACAUGGGCAGAAACUGGAGAUAGGUAUAUGUUGAAACUAUUCCGAGAUUAUGUAUUCCAUCAAGUGACCGAAGACGGCAACCCUUGGCUCGACAUGGCGCACAUCGUCCAAUGUCUCAAUAAGUUGGACGUGGGCGUACCCGAAAAGAUAAGUCUGGUGUCACGUGACGAACAAAGCGUCCUCGUCGUCUCGUACGCCGAACUAAAACAUUGUUUAGAACAGUCUUUCAGCGAGCUAACCAGUUCAUCCUCAGGCCUCCAAGAAUUAAAUAGAAUAUCAUAAUAUUGAUAUGUGGGAUAAACUUCAUCUUUUUAGGAAAAGUCUCGUUUAGCAAGAUUCGGCAGGGAUCCUUUUUACUCAUUGUAUAUAUAUGACACUAAAAUCUUUGCAAUCGACAAGAUUUCUUAGUUAUAUUUGUAACGUUAGAAGGGAAAAUAUUGUUCGGUUUUACAUUUUAACUUGAUACAUCAACACCAGUGAUUUUUUUGUUUUUUAAAACAUUUUUACCAAAGUGUUAUUUUUUACUGUUAAAGAAACUGCAGCACAAACUAUAUUUUUCAGAAAACAUUUUUUUCAUUAAUCGCAAAAUAAUUUUUUUAAACGUUUAAGAUUAGACUUUAAAACAAAGUGUAGACUAUUUACUAACGUCGAGACAGUUUCGUGUUUCGAUAAUUUGACACAGGUGGCGCUGCUAUGUUGUGCGAUAACAUUCAUAUAGUAGUACCAGCUAUCUAAGAGACUCACUGAUAUUCAGCUCACCGGGUGUUAUUAUUCGAGGUGUGGAAUUCCAUAAACAAGGCAUCUACUGUUUGUAAAAUGAUCACUUGUUUAUGUAAUUUCACACCUCGAACAAUAGUAUCCCGCAGAGCUGAUUAUUAAUGAGUCUCCUAGAUAGCUGGUACUACUAUACUUUUAUGCCGAAGCCACAUUCUUCUUUUUCCAAAGUGAUUGGAAGAAUCAUAAGUUUUUAUUCGUUGUGACAGUUAGGAAUCCAAUUUACAAUAUCCCUCUAUUUAAUGUAUUAGUACUGGAAAUAAAAUAAUCCAGUAAGUUUCAAUUUUUCAAUCCAAAGUCAUCAUUGCCACUUCCUUUAAUUUACUGUCUUGACGGGCAUGCAAAUUAGCCGAAUUCUUCCUUGAGUGUCAAGUGGUCGUUCUCUUGCAUAUCUAGCUAGCCAUUCAAUUUACAUCUAUCUAUUUCUAAUUUUAUUAUCAGUUCAUACUUUCUUUAUCAAUUCUAUUCUAUUUGUCUUCGCAUCUUCCUAUAAUAAUACUACUGCAAAAGUAGUAUUUUGUUACUUCGGCUUCUCAACGUUCAAGCCACACAUUUUUUGUUCCAUGAGCUCUUCUCUCCUUUCUACUUCUGUUGGAGUAUAUCAUUCUCUUUACUUUCAUUCCAACAGAAGUUCUUCUGUUUUUGUUACAUUGGCGCCCAACGUGGGGCCUGAAGAGUUAGUGGGGCCACGACCCUGAGAUUAAGAGUCUCAUGCUCUUUUUCAUCUCAUGCUCUUUUUAGUUACAUGAACUAUAUUAAGUUUUUUUUUAUCUUCAAAAUGAACCACUUUUCAUUCUGAAAUUUUCAUUGAACCAACUUGUACCCAAAAAUGCUUUCUUAUACAUACUAUACUUACAUAUACAGUAAACACAAUCGUUACUCAAUAUCAAGGUAUGUGUCUACCUUAGGAAAAUAAUGGUUUUCACAUCCCUAUUGUAGGUAACAUUCCGUCCAUAAAAUCUCUAAAAUCGAAAAUUGUUUAUCUAAAUAUUAAAGUACAACUGUCUUUCUGGCAUACUUUCUCUACCCUUGAUCAAUUUUAGGUAAUACAGUCCCUUGUUGUUAUUAAUAGAAUAUGUGAUACUUUUACAACAAUUCUAAAAUAGAUAAAUAUUUUUUGCUUAUUAGUAUUGUCUCGAGACCUAUAUGAAUCUGAUUGUAAUUUUAUAUUAUUUGACAAACAAAUUAUAUUUGAUUUGAACUUGUUUUAGUACCUUUCGUUAAUAUGUUUUAUUUAUCUUAUUAGACAAAGACUAUCUACAAUGUUGUUUUAUUUUAAUUUUAAAAAUGUUCAAUAUAUUUAUAAUGAGUAAAAAGUCAUUUGAAAACUUCAGCUAGUAGAAGACGUUUACCUAAGGAAACGCCAUGAUGAAUGUUUAAAUCAUGAACAUCUCUUGGAAUUGAGGAUAAGCUGUAAUAUGUCUGUGUUACUUAUUAGACCAGUGUCCAGAUGAUGCCAAGAUUAUCGAAACACCUUCUUUGAUCAAAUGACAAUUAUUUUUAUAUCACAUAUAAAAUCAACUGAAUUAUUUUAAAACGGGUAAUAAAGAAAUAAAAUACGACAAUAAUUUAAUCGUAUCAUUAAAAAUAUCAUAGACGAAUACAGUAAAAACAAAUAUAAAAAAAAAUUCUUAAGGAUGCCAUUAUUUGCACAAAGAAUAAAAUUAUUAAACAAAGUAAGUUAUUCAGUAGAAGUAACACUGAAAACGACAAUAAAUAUCGUUCCCAUACCACCAGAUUGACAACAGGUGGAAUCUUUCUUUGGUUACACCUCCUGAGAUUUUCAAAAUUUAUAAAUCAUACAGGAUGCCGAGAGAAUUUUAAAUAAUUCACAACUCAUCUGCUCAGCGUGGUAAAAGUUCCAACAAGAAAGAUUCCUUAAUACUCCUACAAAAGAGUAAAUGAAUUAAAAAUGUAUAAACGUUUUCAAUUUCUUUGCAACACGAAAAUGCAGCAGCUGCAUAAUGCUCUGGUAAUUCGAAGAGUGCAGGAAAAGUCUAUACCGGUUUCGGAGAUCUUUUCUUUCUUUGCAAUUCGGGAAGGCCCAAAGUGUGAUGCCUGGGGAAAUCGGAGAGAAGAUGAUAUGGGACUACUGAUGAGGGGAAAAGACCUCCGAAACCGGUAUAGACUCUUCCUGCACUCUCCGAUUUAACCAGAGCAUUAUGCAGCUGCUGCAUUUUCGUGUUGCAAAGAAAUUGAAAAUGUUUAUAAUUUUUUAAUAAAAUUAUUAUUCUUCUAAGGAAGAUGACAGAGUCUGUUUCAGGUCCUGAUCUUUGAUCCGGGUCAGUCGUGAAGGACUCAUCACUAGGUAGAUAUAUAGAUUCAAUGAGACGGCUUUUGACCUAUUCCACUGCGACUUUUCCAGACCUAUUGGGGUCCUCUAGCCCUAGAUUACAUUCUCUAGGCUUAUCAUUUUUAAAAGGUCUAAUAACUUCGAGACUGAACCUUCCAAAUAGCUCUUUGCAAAUGGCUUUUCUUCACCUAAUACAAAAACCAUACAUUUACCAGGAUGUUACACUGAUAUAAAAUGCGUUAGGUGAAUAUGCAUAGGUCAUCAUCUGCCAAUCACAUCAGCUUCAACUGCCUAUUCAGCUUACACCGCCGUAUUAGCAGACCUACUGCCUUUGACUGUUUUCCUGUCUUUAAAUAAUUGAUGGAUUCAACCGUUACUUGAUAGAAGUUCAUUUUAUCUAACAAUAAAACACUGAAAACCUUUGUUUUCUAUACUUCCACAAAAUUUAUUAUGACUAUGUGACUACAGCUGUUUCGGCAGAGUGCUUUUCUCAAGUGAUUUAGUUUACUAUGGGUUUGUCUUUUUAAAGUCUUUAACGGAACAGGUUCAGGAGUGGGGAGCUGUUUGUCUCGAGUUGGUCAUUCAGAAUUAUAUCUGUUUUUUUCAAUUUAUUAAUUUCCAUAGAUUCUAAUAAAGAUAGCUUAAGGCCUUUAUUUUGAAUAUGCAGAAUUUGAAACUCUUCGUUAAAAGAAUGAUUAUUAUCUAGAAGGUGAAGUGCGUAUGUAGAAGUGUCUGUUUUUCUAUUGUUGAAAGCCCUUUUGUGUUCUGCUAUCCGUUUGUCAAAGGUUCUACCAGUUUGACAGAUGUAAGUUUUCGGACAGUCACCACAAGUUAGUUUGUAAACACCACUCUGUAGUUGCUUUCUCUUUCUGCUCUUAUUGUUCUUAAUAUAUUUGCUUAAGUUGUUAGUUCUGAAAGUUGGUGUUAUUCCUUUCUUUUUUAUGUAUCUGGCUAUUUUUGUUGUUAUCUUGCCAGUAUAUCUGAUAGAGCAGAAGGUACUGAGUUCUUUCUGUGGUGGUGGAUAGACUAAUUUCAGGGAUUUCUUAACAAAUUAACAAAAUUUUAAACCCAAAACUCCAUAAGAAAGCCCUGAAAUUAGUCUAUCCACCACCACAGAAAGAACUCAGUACCUUCUGCUCUAUCACAUAUACUGGCUUGUUAACAACAAAAAUAGCCAGAUACAUAAAAAGGAAAGGAAUAACACCAGCUUUCAGAACUAACAACAACUUAGCAAAUAUAUUAAGAACAAUAAGAGCCGAAAGAGAAAGCAACUACAGAGUGGUUUUACAAACUAACUUGUGGUGACUGUCCGAAAACUUACAUCGGUCAAAAUGGCAGAACCUUUGACAAACGGAUAGCAGAACACAAAAGGGCUUUCAACAAUAGAAAAACAGACACUUCUACAUACGCACUUCACCUUCUAGAUCAUAAUCAUUCUUUUAAUGAAGAGUUUUAAAUUCUGCAUAUUCAAAAUAAAGGCCUUAAGCUAUCUUUAUUAGAAUCUAUGGAAAUUAAUAAAUUAAAAAAUACAGAUAUAAUUCUGAAUGACCAAGUCGAGACAAACUUCUCAACCUCUUCAGUUAGAAGACUUUAAAAAGGCAAACACAUAGUAAACUGAAUCACUUGAGAAAGGCACUCUGCCGAAACAGCUGUAGUCACAUAGUUAUAAUAAAUUUUGUGGAAGUAUAGAAAACAAAGGUUUUCAGUGUUUUAUUGUUAGAUUUCCUGUCUUUGCUUACUAGGUCUGCCGUAAAUUUUGGCGAAUGUUCUGUAAUGAACUGUUUCGCUUGUCUUUGUGCCGGUAACUUCCUCCACGAUUUCAGAGAUGUGAACUACUGACUUUCUUAUAUAUGUUCUUAUUAAUGUCUGCAAUGCCGCAGAAGGAUUCCAGUCCAACGAACGGCAUUGAUAAGCAUCACUAGAUAAAAUACAACUCACCUACAUUAGGCUAAAUAAGUAAAAGAAUUGAGAGAUCUUCAAAUCCACACAAAGAAAUUGCUGUUAAAUUUACAAAUACCAAUCAUUAAUUUGUUCAAAACUGGGUGGGAUACAGUGAUGAGUGCGCUAAUAACCGGCAAAAUAACUCAACCAUAUAAGUUGUGGAGAUGAAAUUAGUAGAGGUGGGAAAUUUAGCGAUAGAAAGCGAUUAGCUAUAAAUUUACAUUAUCUUCAUUGUUUCCCACCUUUAGACGUAUCGGACGAGUUUGGCAACUACCACAGUGACAGUGAUAGUUUUAGUUGACAUACUCCUCUAAUGCGUCUAAAGGUGGGAAACAAUUAAUAUAAUGUAAAUUCAUAGAUUUCUAUCGCUAAAUUUCCCAGCUCGACUAGUUUCAUUUUUUUUCUCUCACAACUUAAUAGGUUUUCCAUCUUUUGCGUUAUUUUGCCGGUUAUUAGCGCGCUCAUCACUGUAUUUAUAAUAGGUAUGUUAUGAAAAAUUAUUGUUGUAUAUUAUUUCAGUUCAUCUCAAAGUCUCUAUAUUUAAAAAAUGGCUUUGGUUCUACUCGGGAAGUCCAUUUACUAAAUUUUUUUCUAUUAAAUAGUAAUACUGACUUAACUAUUUAAAAGUUCGGUGAAGACAUUUUUCAUGUAUAUUUUGUGAUGUCCGCUAGUGGCAACAUUAUCGGUGAAGACAUUUUUCAUGUAUAUUUUGUGAUGUCCGCUAGUGGCAACAUUUUUGAAAUGAGCAUUUUUCGGGUUCGCCCUUACUCCUCCAUGACUGUUAAAGCGGAUUUAUUUGUACCCAUCAGUAAACAUAAACUAGUGAUCAGGGUAAAGUCAGUGCUUAUUAUUUAAUCUAAAAGCGGCAAAUUAGUAGAAUAGACCCCACAUACCACGUUGUAAGUACAAAUUUGUCCAAUGAAUCGUCGGGACUGUAAAUGCAUACGCCAUUUGAAGUAUUUCCUUUGAUUCUGGGGACUGGUCUCAAUUACGUACUUUAAGAUAGUGUUGUGAGUUGAGAAUGAAUGUGGUUUAACAAUAGUGAUUGUUUACCAAAAAUAUUUUGUUUUCAAUAAUAUUUGGGUACAUCACACGCGCCACUGAAAACUCAUUAUUUUUUUGUUGUAUCGAAAUGAAAUAUUAUUGAAAACAUAUUUCCAUUUUUGAUUACUAAAUAGAUAUUUUUUGCAUAAGUUAUAUUUUUCUUUAUAAAAAGAUGUAUCAAAGCCGAUUAAUAAAAAGCAAUAAAAAUUAUAAUUUAAA